AUGAUUCUACGACCCUCUCUGAGAAGACUAAAGAUUCUUGGACAUUCUCAAAUUUUAGUUCGAACCCAUUACUCGGUUCUGUCGCAAGCAAUAGCCCUUGAUUCUGAUGUAUCGGCGGAGGGAGCUGGACCUUGGAAAUUUUAUAAUGCGUACGAACCGUUUGGUGAAAGUUCCAAGUGGGACAUUUCUCAUUACAACCAUAUGCUUUUCGAGUGCUCUCGCAAUAAUUCCUACAUAGAAGCUUUGGAUCUAUUCAAGUGCAUGCAUCGUUUGGGCGUUUUAAUUGAAAGGUCGAGUUUUUCUUGUGUCUUGAAGGUCUGUGGAUGCCUGAACGACGUUGCAGUUGGAAGACAAGUGCAUUGUCAGUGCAUCAAAGCUGGGUUGCUCGAUGAUGUUAGUGUGGGCACUUCUCUUGUUGAUAUGUAUAUGAAGACGAAGAGUAUUGCUGAUGCAGAGUGUAUGUUUGGCAAGAUGGAGGAGAAGAAUGUUGUCUCAUGGACGUCAUUACUUACAGGUUUUGCAAGUAAUAAACUGAAUGAUAGAGCUAUAGAAGUUUUCAGAAUGAUGCUACUGGACAGAAUCAGACCUAACCCUUAUACGUUUUCCACCAUUCUUGGAGCGCUAGCUGAUGAUGGCGCGGUUGGGAAGGGAGCUCAGGUUCAUGCGAUGAUUGUUAAGAAUGGCUUUGAGUCAACUGUAUAUGUGGCAAACUCCUUGAUUAACAUGUACUCAAAAUCAGGUAUGGCUAGAGAGGCUAGUGCUGUUUUUUGUGGAAUGGAGGACAGGAAUGCUGUUUCAUGGAAUGGGAUGAUUGCUGGUCUUGUGACAAAUGGGCAUGAUCUGGAAGCUCUUGAUGUGUUUUACAGAAUGAGGCUCUCUGGUCUGAACCUUACUCAAAUGACAUUUGCUCCAGCCAUUAAGUUAUGUGCAAGGCUUAGAGAAUUGACUUUUGCCAGACAGCUUCAUUCACGGGUUAUUCGACAUGGGUUUGAAUUUGAUCCUAACAUUAGUACAGCUCUUAUGGUGUCGUACACCAAGUGUGGUGAGAUGGAUGAUGCCUUAAAGUUGUUCUCUGUUGUGCAGAGAGGUCAGAGUGUGGUCUCUUGGACAGCAAUGAUCAGCGGGUACUUGCAGAAUGGUGGAAAAGAGCAAGCUGUCGAGCUUUUUGGCCAAAUGAGAAGGGAAGGUGUGUCACCAAACCAUUUCACUUACUCUGCUAUCCUUACUGCACAUCCUGUUAUUUCUCUGUUUCAAAUGCAUGCAGUAGUCAUCAAAACCAACUAUGAGAACGUGCCUUCGGUAGGAACAGCAUUACUAGAUGCUUAUGUUAAGAUAGGAAAUGCUAAUGAGGCUGCAAAAGUUUUUGACAUGAUGGAAGAUAAAGAUAUUGUUGCAUGGUCUGCAAUGUUGGCUGGUUAUGCUCAAGCAGAAGACACUGAGAGCGCGGUAAGAGUUUUUUGCCAGAUGGCAAAGGAAGGGGUUAGACCAAAUGAAUAUACAUUCUCUAGUGUCAUUAAUGCAUGUAACACACCUACUGCAGCAGUGGAACAAGGGAAACAAUUCCAUGCCAGUUCCAUAAAGUCAGGAUAUAAUAAUGCCUUGUGUGUUAGUAGUGCUCUUGUGACAAUGUAUGCAAAAAGAGGUAAUAUAGAGAGCGCAAAUGAGGUCUUCAAGAGGCAGAAGGAGAGGGAUUUGGUUUCGUGGAACUCGAUGAUCUCAGGAUACGCACAACAUGGUUAUGGAAAGAAGGCUUUAAUGGUUUUUGAGGAUAUGAGAAGAAAAAAAUUAGCAAUGGAUAACAUAACAUUCAUAGGUGUCAUUUCUGCCUGUACUCAUGCAGGACUGGUGAAAGAAGGUGAAAAUUAUUUUGACAUGAUGGUCAAAGAUCUUCAGAUUCCACCUACAAUGGAGACCUACUCCUGCAUGGUUGACUUAUAUAGUCGAGCUGGAAUGCUGGAACAAGCUGUGGCUCUCAUUAAUGGGAUGCCCUUUCCUGCUGGUGCAACAGUGUGGCGCACACUCUUGGCUGCUUGCCGAGUUCAUCGAAAUAUAGAGCUAGGGAAACUUGCCGCAGAAAAACUCAUUUCACUGCAGCCGCAAGACUCAGCGGCUUAUGUACUCCUUUCUAACCUAUAUGCAGUGGCUGGAAAUUGGAAAGCUCGAGCAAAAGUGAGAAAGCUCAUGGAUUUGAGGAAAAUUAGAAAGGAAAUUGGUUACAGCUGGAUUGAGGUUAAGAACAAGACAUACUCAUUCGUGGCCGGAGAUGUUUCACAUCCAUUAUCAGACCGUAUUUAUAUGAAACUUGAAGAGUUAGGUAUUCGCUUAAAGGAUGCAGGAUACCAACCAGAUACUAAUUUUGUACUUCAUGACGUUGAGGAUGAACUUAAAGAAACCAUUCUUUCUCAGCAUAGUGAAAGGUUGGCAAUUGCUUUUGGAUUAAUUAUGACAUCACCUGGAAUUCAGAUUCAGAUUGUUAAGAAUCUUAGAGUUUGUGGUGAUUGCCAUACUGUGAUUAAGUUGAUAUCAAAGAUUGAAAGCAGAGAAAUUAUUGUGAGGGACUCAAAUAGAUUUCACCACUUCAAAGGUGGAUUAUGCUCUUGUGGGGACUAUUGGUAAUUUUUACAUUUGACUUGAGGUUCAUAUUCUAUUAGAAAAAUGUAGACAUCUUAAGCAUCAGGAAUGAAUGCUUUCUGCAGUUGCAGAAACUUUGCAGUGCUGUUGAUGCAUGGGACCACCAUGCAUGUGAAAAGUGGGUUGUGGCUGGUGCACGUCUAUUGGGAAGCCUAAGAAAUAUACAUAACAAUCAGUGGUCAAGUUUUACUAUAAAUUUUCUGGGACACCAGGCAGCUUAUAAGGAGAGCAAACAGACUUCAACUAUCUGGGCCAAGCUGAUGACUUCUUUUGAAGUACUUUUCUGGUGAUUUCCCCAGAAGAUGUAUUAGUGCAUUUCUUCAUCGAAGGUUGUGUAUAUUCAAGUUAAUAACAGAAGGGAUAAUGGGGAAUGCAGAUGCCCAAGCAGGUUGCCAUCUGCCUUUAAGAGUUUCUCAUAUUUGACAUCCAUGUGCUGUAGACCUUGUUUUGGAUAAUGAAAUUGAUCCAGAUAAUGAGGGCUGCUUCUAAACUAUGCGGGAUUGAGCUAUGCUCAUUUCAAUGCCAACCAAACCUUCUGAUUUUGGAGAUUUUGAUAUGAUCACAGUGAAAAAAUGGUGGAUCAAUGUAUGCAAAAUGCACUGAAAUCAUUGGACUGUAGCUGUUCCAGACAAAGUGAUAUUUGGAUUCAGCAAUCAUACAUCAUGAUAAGGGUACAAUUGAACUGGUUAGGAAUGUUUCCAAUUGAUGUUACCUGUUGUCAUCAUCGCAGACUUUAUUGCUGCUGGGCUCCAGGAAGGGUGGGAAGUCUUUAUUAUGGCAGCCACUGCAGCCACAUGUGCUGCAGCCAGGGAGCUACCGGAGAUUACGUCAUAGUCAACAGGGUGUAAGCCAGAGAAAAAAAGAGCUACUGGAGACCAUGCUGCAAGAAUAUUCACUCCUGGUGCUGCUAUAUCUGGCUGCAGUGGGCAUGUGAAAUCAUCUCAAUCUUUGUCUUCUUUGUUUUAAACAACGUUAUUCUUAACGUAGAUUUAUUGCAGAAGUGGAACUUUUAUAACUUGACCAUUUGUAACCGUUCUAAUAUUGAA